CACACUCUCACCACGCCACCGGCGAUGCCCACUCGCUUGGCCCUGCAUGUGCUUCUCGCGGCCUUCCACGUGGUCCGCGGCUCCGUCUGGGCGCGUGAAGACCGCGGUCUCAGCGCUUCCACGGACGUGGGCGACGACUCCGAGGACUGGUUCGAGGAGAUGCUCGGGCGCAGGGUCGCCGUGCCACGGUCUUUCAAGGCGUCACCGAUGACCCUCGGCGCCAGCCAGGCACCUGCCAGCAAGACUAUCCGGACUAUCCCGGUUGCUCUUUUUGUUCGUCAACACACGCGCUCUCUCUCUGUUUCUUCUGUGCAACAAGCACACUGCACGGCCCUGCACGGCGGAAGGCCAUGCGGGCUAUGCACCAGAUGCGGCGCUUGCAGCUGGAGACGACCACGAGCUCAUCGACGAGCUCCACUGCGCCACGACCGGGAUCGAUUCGUUGCCGACGACGUUUCGAGUUUCCCCAGACUACCACGUCCUCAUCGACCAGCUCUUCCUCUUCAAGUUCUACAACGACCACCACAUCUUCAUCGUCCAGCUCCACAUCUUCAACUUCCACGACGACUACCACGUCCUCAUCGACCAGCUCUUCCUCUUCAAGUUCCACAACGACCACCACAUCUUCAUCGUCCAGCUCCUCAUCUUCAUCUUCUACGACGACUACCACGUCCUCAUCAACCAGCUCUUCCUCUUCAAGUUCUACAACGACCACCACAUCUUCAUCGUCCAGCUCCACAUCUUCAACUUCUACGACGACGACCACAUCCUCAUCGACCAGUUCUUCCACUUCCACGACCACGACGAGCACCUCCUCAUCGACCAGCUCCUCCACUUCAACGAGGACGACCACAUCCUCAUCGACCAGCUCUACAUCUUCCACAUCUACCACUUCGGUGACAAGCACAACAACCAGCACUUCGGGUACAUCCACGACGACGACGACCAGUUCCUUCUUGCCAGAGGAUGUGGUGGAGCUGCUGGACUUGCUAAAUCGCCAGAGGAAGAAUGAGGCAGCUGGUGCUGUUCGUGACGUGGCUUCUUCAGAGGAGGAGCAGGUGAAGGCUCAGGUCUCGGCUUUGCUGGAAGCCGCGAACCAGUCGGAAGGUGCCAUUCCCCAGGUGACCAACGAGACGGACACCGGCACCGUCACCGUGAUGGCCUUCACUUCGGAGGCCGUCGAGGCGGCGAGAAGGACCGGUGCAGCCGUCCCAGUGAGCACCGGUGGUGCUGAUGCUGCAGAGGUACCUUCACAGGUGCUGGCACAAGCAAUGGAAAUGGCUGCAGCUAAGGUGGGUUCAGAUAAGGCAGUAGUGCUGAGCCUCACUGCCAUCAAUGAUGCCACAGCCGAGAAGUUGCAAGUUCCCAUCGAGCAGAAGACGACUUCUGUGCAAUCUCAGAGGUUGAGUAUCAAUCUUUGGGAUGAAGAUGGAAAGCCCAUUGAGAUUGACAAGCCACUUCGCGAACCCAUCAAGCUGCGCUUUGAAGUCAACAACUCAGAUCCGUCCUUGAGAUGUGCCUUCUGGGAUGAAAUCGAGGCCAAGUGGUCUGAAGAAGGGCUCAAGACCGUGUCGAUGGAUGGGAAGCAGUUGGAGUGCGAGACCGUGCACUUGUCCAUUUUUGCGGCUGUUGUCUUCAGCAUUGAGAAUGUUGCGGCAUGCAGCACUGCCAUGUACCUGCUUUCAGAUGAGGGCUUCAGGAACCUCUUUGAUGUGACAGGUUGGGGGAGCUCGGUGCAGGCAGUCUUUUUCGGCAUCUUCCUUUCCAUUUGCGUGUUGGCAUUGACCUACUUUUGCUACCUGGACAUCGUAUCAGCUCGCGAGAUGGGACUGUUGUCAGGGGAGACCGAGUCUGAAGCGGCGAAGGACACCAAAAAGCCAGAGCAUGUGGUACACCAUGUGGACGAGGCAGCCCAACGAGGUUGUGGACGGUGCAGCCAACUGCUGGAAGGCUUCAGUGUGCUGGCCAUUUGCAGUACGCUGAAACAGGUCUGCCUGAGGACUUCCAAGAGGAUUUCGCGCUUGCCGUGUGAUGUGGCAAACAAAUGUGUCUCUGCCUUGCACAGUUACAAGACCGGAGUAGAGAGCGAAAGUGUAAAAGUCCUGCUGGAGAAGAAGAUGGGCGAGAUGAGAGCAGAGCAUCAAAUGCCCACUACAAAGAAUCAACGCCGGAGGGCUGAACAUGGACAAACCGCAUUGCAAAGGAACACUCAAGGCAUCCUUGACACGUGGGAAGUGAAGCGUGGCAUGCAGGAACAGGGACGCAAGGCCGUGGAAUGUGUGCUUGAUGCCCCGUUUUACUGGCGAGUCGUCCUUUUCCUUCCGGUCUUCCAGCCAUUGAUUGGAAUUUUGCUCUUCAGCCUCCGCGUGUCUCACUCGAAGAGGGCAUCGUUGCUCAUCCUCAAGUUCUUAACCGCUGGGGCGGCUUCGGCUCUCUUUUACGGUGGUGUGGAACAGGAGGGAUGCACGCCUCCUAGAGAUGCAUUAGAUGACCUGAUCCGGACGAUUGUGGUCAGCUUCGUGUGUCUUUGUUUGGGUGACCUGAUGAUCCUUCUGCUGACCUUGAUCGGGCGCCGUUCCGUGGCCACGUCACUUUGCGUGGUAUACAUCUUACUCUUCCUGUCGAACAUGCACCCAGCGGAUGUCCAGAAGUGGUUUGAGUCCAGUGCAUGGAGCCUUGCUCAGGGCCUGAUUUUGAAGCCGCUGGCGAUGUCCCUGGUGAUGAAUACCCUCCUAAGCAUUGCUUUGAGUUUUAGCAGAGUGCGACUGGCUAUUAAGACCACGUGGCUGCUGAAGGGCAUUGAGGUGCACAUGACGCCAGAAGAGGAAGACCAGCUGAAGCGCGCGUUUGAGGAGGCUCAACAAAACCAGGAUGGGCCGACGUCGGUCUUUUCCAUGCUCGACGUCAUACGUGAAGACUCGACUGCGAAAGGCGAUAUGACCUACACCGAUGCUCUGCAGAUGACACGUAAAAUUGUCAUCCGCGAGGACGCUGAGUCGCGAGUGGACGAGGAGGUCAAAGAGCCACCACGGGUGAAAAGGAAGAUGCUUCGAAGGGUCAGACGCAGACGGCAUCCGAACCUAGCUGGACAAGUGCCUUUGAGCAACAUCGAACAGGGCCAGUCACCGGAGGUGAGCGCGGCCCCAAUCGUGAAGCGGAAGGUGCUUCGAGAUCGAAGGGUAAAACGCAGACGGCAUCCGAACCUAGCUGGACAAGCGCCUUUGAGCAACAUCGAACAGGGCCAGUCACCGGAGGGCACUGAGCAGUUGGGGAUGUGUGCGAUCGUGUUGGACGUGGAGGAAGAGCAGGAGGUGCGCGAAAAACCGGAGAACAGCAGACGGAGCUGGAUGGAAGGGCUGGGCUGAGUGAUGCUGAGUGAUGCUGAGUGCAGCCGCUGGUGCCCGCGUUGAGUCACAGGUUGGGCCUCGUUCGGACACUGAGUCCACUGAGUGGUUGGGGAUGUGUGCGAUCGUGUUGGACGUGGAGGAAGAAGAGGAGGUUGAGUCGGUCGCCCACCUGUCGGGGACGCGCUGAAUGCGCGACGCGUGGGUGAAAGCGAGUGACGCCGCGGGACGCGGAGCGUUCCACCGAGGCCGAAGUAAGCGAAGCGUUGCGUCGGGUCUCCAGUAGCCUCGAGACCCGACGCAACGAGUUGCUUUGGACACGAUGACCCAGCGCAACGAGCCUGGCAUAGCCCAUUUCUUUGCAGAUUCUGAAGCGCAAUUGUUGCAUUUGGGUAGUAAGGCACUUGUUAUUACUAGCGUG